AUGAGGAUACUGUGCGCCCUCCUGGCCGUGCAGGCCGUCGCCGCCAUUGGCGAGAAUGCGAUGGACCUCCAAACGAUCACCGGCAUCAUCAGCGGCCUGGGCAGCAUGGUUGGCCAGACCGUGGAGACGAUCAACCUGCCCGCCGAGCUGUUCAUGGGCAAAUGGCAUCAAAUGUACAAGGCGGCCAUCAACUUUGAUGUCUUCAGGACGCAGAUGUUCUGCCAGGUGUCGUACUUCAAAGAAAACUCGGUGAUGGGCUCGGACGGCUUCUCGAUUGAGGAGGCCUACAGGGUGGUGUCGAAGAACGGGCCGAUCGAGACGUACAAGCGCGAUAUGAACAAGGUCGGCCCCGGCCAGUAUUGGAUGUAUACCGAAGAGUACUUCUACCCCAGACAAUUCUAUAUCCUGCACGCGGGGCCCGGAUACGACAACGAGACGAUGGGAACUGAGGCUCCGGAAGGAAUUCAGUACCUCGUCGUUUCGGACUCAAACCGACUUUCAUUGAUGGUGAUGGCUAGGGAUCCGAAUACGUACUAUCAGAAAUACGACGAGGAGGUGAAAACCUACCUGAAGACCAAAGGCUUCGGCGGCAACGUCUUCUGGAACUCCCCGAAGCCCAUCUACCAGGGCCAGGACUGCGAGUGGCCCACCGAAAAAGAGGUCUUCGCCAGGAGGGUGCUGAAGAACCAAGAGGCCCUCGAGAAGUCGAAGCAGAACGCGGUCACGGAGAAGAGUGCAAUCGGGGAUUCCCCUCUGGCCGACUUCUUCAAGAACCCGACAAAGAUCCUCCAGGAGCUCGCCAAGCAAGCCGCCAUGCACCUGGCCCUCGCCCUGCUUGGGCUCGUCGCCGCCGCCCAGGCGCAGCUCGAGCCGUUCGGACCCGACAGAUUUGACCCAAAGCCCACGGUGCCCCCAGAGUUCCGCCAAUACUUUGAACUUGACGGGCACGCCCGCGAACUUGUCGACUCGCUGCUGGGCCCAAGGCCCGGCGGCUUCUUCCCCGAGAAAACCUACGAAAUCGGACACGGCACACCUGUUGCCGCCGCGGGUGGUGCUGCUCAGCCAAGACAUGAGAUUUCGAAACUUGAGCGCACCUUGGAGCAGUUCUUCACGGCUCCUGAAGGAGAAGCCGCCAACGGCCUGCCACCAGGCUUCGGAUCCGGCUUCUCGGUGCUGAACAACCACAAGCAGAUCGCUGGGACUGGGCUUCAGCGUGAUGGCAAGCAACAGCACAUCAACACCGACGGCAACUCGAUCGCCGGAAUCCCGAACGUCUUCCCAAAGUUGCCCAAAGCGCCGAUGAUGAACCAGCCGACAGCUGCGCCCUCUAGAAGACCGUUGAUCGCCGAUGACGUGCCAGUGAUGCCAAGCAUCGAGGCUGCUCCAGAAGUCCCUGAGGGUGGCAUGCUGCCUUCUGAUGUUCGUCGUGCUCCGGAAUCUGUUGGAGACGUGCCCCUCGACGACAGCGAGCCUGGAGAUGGUGAAUAUGGAGGUCUGGCCGAAGAGACAUCGACUGGAGGAGGUGGCCUCAUCGGCACCAUCCUGAACCUCAUCAACCUCGGCUCGAAGAAGGUCAAGGAGGGCGGCAAGCCCGGAUCCGGAAACGCCACUGCCAUCGGAUCGGCCGUCUCGAACUUGUUGACCGGGCCCAACAGCCCGCUGCCCGGGUCUGAUUUGAAGAACUUCUUCUCGAAUUCGCUUUACAAGGCCCUGACGGCCGGUUCCGUGCAGAAGAACGAGACGGACGCCCCCGGAAAUGGCACUGAACUUACUGACGCUCAGAAGGCGGCCAUUGGCGAGAAUCUGGAGAUGAUCCAGAAUUUGAUCAUCCAGCCGUCAUCCCCUCUUUGCACGACCAAGCCCGAGCCUGUUGAUUUUGACUUCUACGCCUUGUUGGGACAGUGGUACCAGGUCGUCUACUCUCCACCUCUCUCCCGCGGACCCUGCAGCAUGGUCGUCUACAAAAAGCUGUCCGAGAACAAUAAUGGAGGCGCCGGCAGCAUUUUCGAGACGUUCGACAACAAGGAGGACGUCAAUAUCCACGUACUCCACACGGGCCCGCUGAACGCCAGCAACGAGUACGAGUUUGUGGUCAUGUCGACGAACUGCAACUUCCCGAUGUAUGUGUUCGCUAGGGAUCCCGUCGUCUACAAGCAGCGCUACGAGACCGCCGUGAUGGAGAUGAUGGAGAAGAAGGGCUGGGUGAACGGCUUCUCCCGCCUUCUGAACGUCGUCGCCUCUGUCGACCAGUCGAUUACCGUAUCCUCAGAAGCAGACAGCAUCCCUGAAGCCACCGCCUUGGCGGCACCGGCGGAAAAGGAGGUCAAGGAGGUCAAGGAAGAGAAGGUCGAGCCCAUUCAACCCAUCCAAGACCCAACCCCAGCCCCUCAGCUCAAUGAGAAGCAGCGACAGGAGCUCGCCAAGGUCGGAGAAGUCGCCGAGAGCAUCCUGACCCGUAUGGGAUUCCGCGGGGAUACACGCCGCGCUCCCCCCUCCAACUUCAACUACCAGAGCGAUGACCUGAACUCGAUCGUUGAUGAAGCUGCCACAAACAGAGUGGAUCUUCAGGGUAUCGCCUCCGGCCAAAUCCCCGGUCUGGCUCCGAUCCCAGUGCCCGGCUUCCCAGGACCUCAAGAUGUACCCACCGUACCUGGCGUCAACACCAUCCCCGGGCUGUCAAACUUUAACUAUAUUGUCGGUCAACUCGUCCCCCAGAUGAUCCCACCGGCCAACACUCUUCUAGGCUCCUCGAUUAGCCGAAUUUUGCCCAAGGACUCUGCCAAGAACCUCGCAAAGGACGUCUUCAAGGCCAUCCACCCCGCUGCCGAGAAUGUUGACACCGCCAGGAUGAUGGGACGCUGGUUCCAGGUCAUCAACAGCCCGCACGUCAUCCGCGAGGCGUGCACCGUGCUGCACUUCGGAGCUCAGAGCAACAGCACCUACGCCGCCACCUUCACCCUGUUGAAAUUCUCCCUGGGCUACGGAUUCAAGAGCGGCGAGACCGGCCAGUUCGUGCUCCACACAUCUAAUGCCCCCGACGCUGAGCCUUUCUGGAUCAUCAAGAAGGGACCGCUCAACGAGUACAACCAGUACGACUACGCCAUUGUGUCUAACUGGGUCCGUUUCCCCGUGUUCGUCAUCGCCAGAGAUCCGGCUCGGUUCCAGAAGGAGCACAUGAAGAACGUGCUUGAAUUCCUGGAGGCCAAUAACUACAUCAACGUCAUGACGAAGGCGUUCAACAUGAUCUCCCCGGUCGACUACAACGCGUGCCAAUACACACCCACCUUCAGCACGGCCGGC